AUGUUGCAACCCUCCCUCAAUGAGACCUGGACACGCUAUUGUCCCGGUGACCAUGGCCUUUGUUGCCGACAAACCAUCGGCCGCCGACACUUUCUACCGCCCUCGGCCGUGCCUCCACUGUGCCGAGAUGAGGGCAUAUUAGCCUACGAGUACGACAAUGCGCCCCCGAGUCCGUUCGCAAUGGAACUCGAAUUUACCAUCGAAUACCUGCAAGAUCUCUUCCCACCGAACGAACCGCCGAAUUGGAUCACAGCCGUCACCAGGGACAGCCUGGAUAAGGCUUCCGUCCACUUCCUCUCUCCAGCAUCCACCACGCAGGCAAUUCUCAUCCGCUUGAACGAGACCUUCUCUCCAGUCGAGAGGGAAAUCUUUCAUCCUGUCGAUCCUAAAGGCCCACCCGAACGCACCAUUGAGAUCUUUCACCUUUGGAACGCAGGGAGUUAUAGAAUUGAAAUCACAGCCUUGAAUGAAUUCGGAGAGGGCACAACGACAGUUGCAAAUAUACCGGCAUAUAAUGCAAGCGUUUCUGACGACGGCGGAACCGUUUCCGACGAAGAUUACUGGCGUUGCGAAAACAUCACUGUGNCGGGCAUCGGCUACACACAGACCUCCAUGCCUAACUUCCUCCAUCACUGGACUCAGGAGGAAGCCGCGGAAAUUCACCAGUUCUCUUCUUUCGUGGAUGCGCAGUGUUCGCCUUUCCUGAGGACAUACCUGUGCGCCAUGUACACUCCAGAAUGUACUGAUGGUACAAGCCGCCGUGUGGUGCCAUGCAGAGAGCUGUGUGUACUGGCAAGAGACGACUGCAAAGAAGACAUUUACCAGAUAUUUGGAUACUCGUGGCCAAAGUAUCUGGCAUGUGAGAACUUGCCCAGCUUCAGUGAAGGAAAAGAAUGCUACUUAGGAGGUGCUCCUGUAAUGACCGAAGAUCUUGGGCAGUGCGAAGCCAUCACUGUGCCCAUGUGCAAGUCUGACAUUGGCUACACCAAAACAGCCAUGCCGAACAGGUUUGGCCACCAGACUCAGGACGAAGUUGAAAUCGAAGUUCGCCAAUUCUAUCCUUUGGUUGAAGCGCAGUGCUCGUCCUUCCUGAAGACGUUCCUGUGUGCCAUGUACACUCCACAGUGUACCAGCGGGUCCCGUCGUCCCAUGCUGCCUUGCAGAGAGCUUUGCGUGCAGGUUAUGGAUAGAUGCGAGGGUCUCGUGCAGGAGUAUGGACUCUUUGGGCCAGAGGAUCAUAGUUGUGAAUUGCCCAGCUUUGCUGAAGGAGAGGAUUGCUACUUAGGGGGCGCGCCAGUGACAGAUAUGCAACCCCACGAUCGAUGUCAAGACAUCAACGUGUCCAUGUGCCAGUCUGGCAUCGGAUACAAUCACACGGUGAUGCCCAGCGUCCUUGGCCACGAGACGCAGAGUGAGGCGGCGAUACAGCUCUCUUCAUUCAUGCCUCUGGUGGAGUAUGGCUGCUCACCCCACGCCAGAAGCUACUUCUGCUCUGUAUAUCUGCCCAUGUGCGACAUCUCCAGCGGAGCCAAGGUGCUACCUUGCCGGGAGCUGUGUGACUCUGUCAGGAGAGAUUGUUUGAUGGUGCUACGUAAAUUUGGCUUCAGUGGGCCGGAGAGAUUGGUGUGCGAGAAUCUGCCGAGUCGAAAUAGCGGGUCUACUUGCUACCUUGGAGAUAUGAACCCAACGAUUUCAAGCGGUAGUCCUGGCCAACAACAAUUCAACAUUACAACACCCAACAUCAGCCCGAGUACUUUCAAGCCGCGCCGUUACGACAUUCACAACCUUGGCGUGCCGUCCAUGUUCCACGGCUGGGUGGAUGUUCAGGGGCAGGGCGCCGCCAACGACUACUGCAGGUGCGUCGGCCACAUACCGGCGACCCGUGUUUCGUGUCUACUGGCCGGCGAAGGUGGAUUCAAGACGGAGACAAUAGACUACAAGCCCGAACCAGGUGGCUGUCACAAUUAA